AGAUCGGACAUUGUAUACCCAAGUUACAACAACUUCCUGUUUCAUGGCAAAACAUCGAACUUUGUCAGGCCGCCACAGACACGCCCUUUAGCAAAAACUCUAGAUCUUCGCAAUUUAAUGUCACAAACGCCUUUAGAUUACACUGACCAAAUAUGAUAUUGAUCUGAUUAAAGCUCUAGGAGCAGUUCAUUAAAGUACAAUGUCUGGAAAUGGCAAAAACAGCUAAAAUUUUGCAGAGAAAAUUAAAAAUUUCUCACUUCCUGUUGGGUUUUCAGUUUUUGCACCCAGGGACUUUUUUUGUAGGGAUUGGGCUGUUACAUGUCUAUACUAAAUUUUGUCGCAUGAAGGGCGCUUAAUUGAAAUAUUGUAGGUAGUGCUAUCAAGCCAUUUUGCCACACCUAAUACUGAGACCCUUAUCAGACAUAAAUUUUCACCAAUUCUGAUGCGUGUGCAAAGUUUCAUGAGUUUUCGAGCAUGUUUAGGCCCUCAAAAAUGCGAUUCCUUUCAGAGAAGAAUAAUUGACAGUAGGGUUGCCACCUUCAAUACAGAAAAAUAAGGGACGCCUGCCGCAGCGCCUGCCACACCCCUCGGGGCCACGAUGACCACAGUCCUGAUGGCGUGCCAGUGGUGGUAUAUCAUAACUUAAAACAUGUUUUCAUUAAAAUAUUAAGAUUGAUACCAAUGGACAUUAUAAUAAGAUAUCUGCUAUUGAAAUCAGUGUGAACAGAUGCAAUCAGUCUCUCACUAUCACAACUUAAGUGGUCAUAUUGAAUACACAGCUAUGACAAUAAUAAACAUAGGCCAACACCUGCGUUAACUCAGCUGCUGUAACCCAGAGGGGAGUAUAAGAAAUUGCUAAUUAACUCGAGUAAUUUUAUAUUAAAUAUGUAUUAAAUAUAUCUCUCUUAACUCUUAUUAAAGUAAUGCUUAUGUGUCUGACUGUACAACUUAACCUUAAUAAACAAAUCAUACCAUAACAUGAUUAAUGUACAUUAUUAACAUUAUUUAUUAAUAGGCAGUGUCCCGCCCUCCUCUGACUCUGAUUGCCCGUGAUUCACGGCCCGUGAACCUGAAACAAACCAAUCAAACCAACGAUGGCAGCGAGUAUUACCCAAUCAGGGGCAGAAUAGGACACGUCUUCACACAAUGAUUUGCAUGGGAUGCUGCAUAAUGUGGACCUAUGUAAAAUACGGGACAAAUCGCGUCCCGUAUUGACUUGAUACGGGGCUCGUCAUUUUGCCUGUAAAUACGGGACGAUUCCGUAUUUCACGGGACGGGUGGCAACCCUAAUUGACAGAGCAAUUACAAUAGGGUCUUCACACCAUCGGUGCUCGGGCCCUAAUAAAUUUAGUUCAAUAUGAAGUCAUAUAAAACUUCAGAAUCAUUAAUUUUUAAAAUCUUUUCCUUGCUCAGCACACAAUGUGUUUCAUUUCAUAUCAGAAGAAGUCCAUACCCAAAAGCUGAGUCUGUACAGGCAGAUCUAACAUCAGAACUCUUCGAGUCAGAGUUCAGAGCUCAACUUGAUCGCUGAAUCGACGGCAGUGUAUUGUUCCACAGGCAUUAUCCUGAGAAAUACAAGGACUUUCUGUUGAUCUCACAAUGGCAAGACGAGGUACUAAAAGAAAGCAUGAUAACAAAUCAUCUGACUCGAGUGUAGAAUCACCGCUGACAACAGGUACUAAAAGAAAGCGUGAUCACGAAUCAUCUGACUCGAGUGUAGAGUCACCGCUGACAACAGAUAUGGAGAUCAUGUUGAAGGCAAAGCAAAUCAUGAAAAGAGUCACUGACAACUUAGUACACACAAUCAUUAUGCAAGGAGACAUCAUUUCAAAGAUAAAUAAAAUGAAUAAUGUCAGCAGGAAGAAGGCAACCAUUGGGAGUUUUGGAAAAUCAGGUGAAGGGAAGAGCUCUCUAUUAAGUGCAGUCUUGGGUAAAAGGAAUCUUCUGCCAUCUGGUUGUUUUGGUGCCUGUACACCUGUUGUUAUUCAGGUGGAAGCCAAUCUGACUGACUCCAACUACAUAGCAGAGAUUCAUCUCGUCUCUGAAGAGGAUUGGGAGAAAGAGCUCAAAGAUCUUUUCACAGUUUUAUCAGAGGCGAGGACAAGUGACAGUGAGGAGGACAUGAAUGACAACUUGGUUGAAGUUGCUGAAGAAAAGAUCACUGCGCUGUAUGGAGCUGAUGCAGAUAAAAAAACAUUAGAAGAGCUCAAGAAUGUUGAAAAAUAUGCUGAGAUUAAAACCUUUUUGUCCACUUGUGAGGACAAUAUGAAAACAAUCUCAAAAAGUGAUGUCUCUAAAUUUGCCAAUGACAUUUCAUGUUACAUACUGAGAAGUCAGUCGAGUCCUGGUGGCUGGUACUGGCCGCUUGUGAAGAGUGUGACGAUCAAGAUUCCAGAUUGUCGUGAACUUCUGGAACACAUUGUGCUUGUUGAUCUUCCUGGGACUGGAGACUGCAAUAAGAUUAGAGAUGAUAUGUGGAAAUCUAAACUGAGAGAUUGCUCUUCUGUGUGGAUUGUAAGUGAUGUCAAGCGAGCAGUCACUGACAAAGACCCCUGGGGGAUUUUAAAGCACUGCGUUGAAGAACUGGGACCAGGAGGAGAGUGCAAAAGCAUCAACUUCAUCUGCACAAAGACUGAUGAUAUCAAUCCAGCAGCCUAUAUAAGGGCUGAACGGCUUACUAUAGACCACAAUUUAGAAGACAAGGAUCAGAAAAAAGUGUGCAUACUUCAUAGAAAUGAUCAUGCCAAGACAAGGAUGAAAGAAAAGUUUGAAAUUUCUGAAAUCAAGAAAAGAUUCAGCAAUGUUUUUCUUCAAGUAUUUACUGUAAGCUCCAAUGCAUUCUUCGACACCAAUUUAAAUUUGGAAAGUAUCGAAACAGAAAUCCCAAAGCUGCAGGAUGAUCUGAGGAUUCUUAACAAGAACAUUAACAGAGAACUGACCAGAGAUUAUGUCAAUGAAGCAAAAGGAGUUUUAUCCUUGAUCCAAAGUGUCCAACUGGAUACAGACAAGAAAACGGCUGAGACAAAAGACAAAAUCUACACGGAAUUAGAGAAGAACCUAAAGAAGGCACUGAAGGAAUUGGACAGUUGUUUUGACACCAUUUAUAAUGAUCUGGAGCAGCGUCUCUCAAACGGAGUGAAGGAAUCAGUGCAAUUGUGUGUUGCUUCCACAAAAGCAAUGAUAUCCCCUAAUAUAGAUAAAAGAGGAUUCCAUAAAAUCCUUCAAGCUUUGUGCAAGAAUGGCGGAUGCUACUGGUCGAAAAAUUGGGAUGUAAUCCUAGAUCUGAACAAGCAACUGACCAGACACAUGCAUGAAUAUAUUAACGAAUAUUUCAAUCUGAUUUUCCCUGUGACUGGAACAACAGGAAAGUCAGUGCAAGAGCAGAUUGACAAAUUCAGUAUCAUCCAGAAUGACUCUGCUUCCCCUGGAUCUCCCAUAUUACAUCACAUUCAGAACUUCAUCAAAACAGAGGAAACAAAGCUGAAGGCAUCACUCAAAAGAGACGUUGUUGAUGCAAAGAAGCAGAUCUACUCAUCAAUCCAAAUAACCAUUAAGAAGGAAAUGUCUUCUUGCUAUGAAGAAGCUGCAGCAGUGACUGGAAUCGGAUCCAUGAAGAAAAGGCAAGAACUGCUAAUAACCACAGUCGAUAAGAUGAAACAUAACAUGUUCAAGAAGGCAAAAACUGAAGUGCUUAAAAAGUUACAAAAAUUAAAGCUGUACAUAAAGGAUGCUCUUGAAUCAGAACUAAAGAGAUCAAUGAAACUCUCACUGUCACAAACCAGCAAAAUCAAAUUGAUGGAUGUCUCAAAAGAGACUGAACUGCUGGAGAGACUUUCAGAGCAACUGUCAGACUGAGGUCAUCAAGCAAUAAAAGGCCCAAGAGAAGAAGUAGAAUUAACAUGAACAUAUGUAACACAUUUUCAGUAAAUGUUUUCAUUAGUUUUACAUUAUAGAUUUUAUUGCUUUACUCACAUUAAUGUGUUGGUUUCUUAAAUGGUUCACUUUCAUCAAAUUUCUUUGAACAUUGGGUUUUAUUUUAGUUUUUAGUGAAAGCUGCAUGAUACACAAACUGUGCAUUGAUUUAUUGCCCUUUUUUUUACAACCAAGAUUUUUUUUUAAUAUAGUUCAAUCUUUUUUAUUGUGACAGUUUACAGCAAGAAAUGGAAAUGCCAUUUAAGCUUAGUGCAGCUGUCCCAUUUACAAGAACUUGAGUGGAGUAGGUGAUUCAUUUAGAUGGGAAUAAAGCAAGAGUCUUUUUAUGCAACAGUACAAAACAGAUCUGUUGCUUUUUUACAUUGUUAGUGUAACGAAUGCAGUUUUAUUCACAUCUCGUGUACAUCUUUAAUCUUUGAAAUUUCUUGAUUUUUUUUAGCAUUAAAGUAAAUGCAUUUCAUAAUAUCUGUCAGCAAAUAUUUGUGAUGGCUUGGAACAACUGUAAGCCAUUUUGCCUUCCACUCACCUGAUCAUGAGCAGAAAUGCUGAAACACUGCAGUCACAGACACUUACAGCUCUCAAUUCAAACAGAAAGAGCUAUGGUGACCAGGUAACAGCAGACAAAGCAACAUCAUCUGGAGUUCACAAGUGGUGAGAUGAAGAGCAAGUCUCUCUCUUAUCGUUCUCUUAUCGCACAAAUGUGGCAUUUUUUGUAUUUGGCUUUAAGUAAUUGCAAAUAUGUUGUUAAAAAGGUAUGCAAAGAGUGCUACUUGGGUAUAAAGUUAAACAUACUGGUGCUUUUAUAGGUAAGGAAUGUUCAGUUUAAUCUUUAAGUGCUUUAGACUACUCUUCUUGUAUUAAAUCAUUAUUAUUUUUUUUUUAUUGAAAUUUAGAUUUUGAUUUAAUUGCCAAUAAAUGAUAAAAACAAA